UUAUUUAAUUAAGCAAAUGUGUGCUCCAACAACUUGGCUUACUUAUCCUGUCCGGAGGUAAAGAUGUUCAAGCAUGCAGAAACAUUGCUGUUUUUGUUGUUGUUUCUGCUGUGGGCUUCUUGUUAUUAGGAUUGCAUUCAUGUUUGCAUCCCCACACAUUUCUUAUCCUUUUUGACACUUUGGUGUGGUGAACAGCGUCUCAAGUGUGAGGCGGAACACGUGCAGCCAUAACGUCCCAUCGCCCAUCUUUGACGUUAAUUUAAAUGAUGUAAAUGGAUGAACUGCCUCCCCCUCUGUACGGAGGAAUAAACAUGUGCUUCCACAUUUGUAUUUUAAUUCGCCUGGCGAUCUGAGGAGGAAAUAAUUAGACGGGGCAACAUGGGACAGUUCUGCUUAACAUAAAUAACCUCUGGAUCUUAGCUGACACUUAAAGGAACGUCUUACACUUGAGUUAGUCGAGAUAUAUAUAUAUAUUAAUUUCAUAUUUAUCAUAUAUUUAAUGCAACGACAAUCUGGCUUUACACUUUGCUGCUUUUUCUUUGAAUAUGUCCUAAAUAGGAGGAUGUGAUUAAGCAUGUUUUAUAAAGACUAUUUAGUCUUAAUUUAAAUGAUCAGAUCUCUUCUGUAAACGAGUGCACCCUAAAGGACAUUAUAAACCAUGUUGUUUUUUUAAGUGAAAUGUAGAAUUGACAUACAUGUAAAUCAUUUUAAGGACAAUAAUCUAUUUGGAAAGAGGGAGAUUACACUUUUUUCUAGAUUUAAUGUAUUAAUCUCUUGCAGUGCUUUGUCAUUACUCAGCAAUUGUUGGACAUUAGUUAAACAAGAUAUACAUACAAUAAUGUUUUAUUUUAUCUUUAAAUAUUGUAUUCUUAUAAAUAGUUUAAUUCUAAUGCAAAAAGUAUUACUGCUAAUCUGAUGCCCUGGUGGGAGGGGGGAUGCUGGCCACUCUGGAAAUGCUCCUGUCUCUUUAAAUAUUCUUGCAGUAAUUCCUUGAACAUGCACAUGGCCAUGAAAAAGAGAUACAGCUUGAAGACAUCCACACAAACCCAGGCUUUGUGAAUAAUACAGCAGCUGCUUCCUGUGUUUUACACCUACAGAGAGGGAGGAGGAGGAGAGAACACACUGUCAGUCUGAGGAGCAACAACUCGGCUCAUCUUCUUCCCUCCAUCGCUCCUACAGCUGUUCUUUCUACCAACUUAAAAUGCUGUUGCACAUCUGGUGUACAGUUUGGGCUUCUUCUCUCGUUCUUCUGCACAGCAGGUCUGUGCUCUGUAAGGAGAUUAAGCUCCCCAGCAGGGCAGCCAAGCCCCCCUCUCCGUCUGGCUUUCUGGACAAACUGAUGGGACGCACAUCCGGCUACGACGCCCGCAUCAGACCCAACUUCAAAGGUCCUCCUGUCAACGUCACCUGCAACAUCUUCAUCAACAGCUUCGGAUCCAUCACUGAAACAACCAUGGACUACCGGCUCAAUGUGUUUCUGCGCCAGCAGUGGAAUGACCCCCGGCUGGCCUAUAAGGAAUAUCCGGACGACUCUCUGGACCUGGACCCCUCCAUGUUGGACUCCAUUUGGAAGCCUGACCUGUUCUUUGCAAAUGAAAAGGGAGCUAACUUUCACGAGGUCACAACAGACAACAAACUGCUCAGGAUAUUCUCCAACGGAAACGUCCUCUACAGCAUCAGGCUGACACUGGUCCUUUCCUGUCCCAUGGAUCUGAAAAACUUCCCCAUGGACAGCCAGAAGUGCACGAUGCAGCUGGAGAGCUUCGGCUACACCAUGAACGAUCUGAUUUUCGAGUGGCUGGAUGUGGGGGCCGUGCAGGUGGCCGACGACCUGACCCUCCCUCAGUUUGUGCUGAAGGAGGAGAAAGGCCUGGGCUAUUGCACCAAGCACUACAACACAGGUAAAUUCACCUGCAUUGAGGUCAAAUUCUACCUGGAGCGGCAGAUGGGCUACUACCUGAUCCAGAUGUACAUCCCCAGCCUGCUCACCGUCAUCCUGUCCUGGGUGUCCUUCUGGAUCAACAUGGACGCGGCUCCGGCCAGGGUGGGACUGGGGAUCACCACGGUGCUCACCAUGACGACGCAGAGCUCUGGCUCCAGGGCCUCCCUGCCAAAGGUGUCCUAUGUGAAAGCCAUAGACAUCUGGAUGGCGGUGUGCCUUCUCUUCGUGUUUGCCGCGCUGCUGGAGUAUGCGGCCGUUAAUUUUGUUUCACGGCAGCACAAGGAGUUCUUCAGACUGAGGAAGAAGCUCAAAGAGCAACAGCGUCAGAGAACUCAGGGAAGCGGUGACAGUAAGUCGAAAGGAAAAAACAUGUCAGGCAACAACACUCCUCACGGGAACGUCUCCCAGCAGUGCUCCGCCUGCGCCAAGGAGGAUGAAAUGACAAACCAGGGUUUCCUCUUCCAGAGUUAUGGACUUGCGCUGUCAUCAGUAGGUGUAGCAGAAAUGGAUGCACCGGUCUCUGCCGAUCUACCUCCUGGUUUGGGUUUCUACGACAUCCGCAAGCGCUUUGUGGAUCGAGCAAAAAGGAUUGAUACCAUCGCCCGAGCUGUGUUCCCCAUGAGUUUCCUCAUGUUUAAUGUCCUCUACUGGCUCACCUACAAAGUCCUGCGGCAUGAAGACCUUCUAGCCGCGCCGUGAGGAAGCGGAUACCUUGAAUCCUGCUGUCCUCACUGAAACAUUUACAGUCCUCAGCGGAGCCCUGCAGAUGCGUUGUGACUGCAUGUCCAGUGCCAUGGACAUUUCUAUGACAUGGAAGCAUUCAUGGGUUUCUUUAAACUUUGAAUAAUUUAAAAAGAAAUGCACUUUUUCUCCGCACUGAUGGUUUAUACAUUGCACACCAGUGUACAGUAUGCAUCUUAAGUAUAUCACCUCACAAUUUGUUACGGGAAAUGUCUGUAUGGCCAGAUACUGUAGCUUCACUGUAGCACUUCCUCUACAGGCAUACAUUAUUUAUUCUAAUAUUCCUGCUGUCAACUGUUUCCCAUAACACAGGUUUCUUACCACCAAGACAAAUAACAUGUCACUACAAAAGUAGCAACUUUGCUUUACAGGCCUGGAAAAUACAUUAAAGGAAAAUACAUAUAUUUUAUUAGGCUUCGCUAAUCCAGGUUUGAAUGCUCUUUAUUUUCUUACAGACAUGAUAUUUAUCAGUUCACAUUUAUAACCCUCCUUUGUGUAAUAAGAACUGGAAUAAUCUGUUUUUGAAAUAUGUUUCAUUUUAAAUUACUGCAUUUACUGCAUCAGGCCUAAAGGACUGAUGGAUAUUGUCCAGAUAUUUUAUGAAGUUACUAUAUAUUGAUAUAAUGGCAUAGCAAAGCAUAGCCAAAUAUAGAAGAUAUGUUUUUUAUCAUUAAUCAACCUCGACCACCAUCAGGGUACAUGGGAUCAGUCAUCAUAAUGUACUAAGGUCUCCUCAGGUCUGCACAAUGCCAGGUGUAUCGGUGUUUAACCCGACUAAGUAACACUGAGUAUUAACUGUCUGGUUUUUUCUUUAGAAACAAAAAAGGAAAUCCUUUGUUGGUCAAUACAAAAUAAAUGCUUUGUACCCUGAUACAUAAUGAGUACACUUGUUUUGCAGUCUACAUACAGUCCAAAUAUAACAGCAUGCCAGGGUCUAAACCAAAGGAUGGGACUUUAAUAUCAGCCAUGAAGUCAAACUAUGAAAUUCUUUAAUGGUAAAAAGCAUAAUCUUGCUAGAAAUGUUUUCCCUCUAAUACUUUCCUCUGUCGGGUUUAUAAUUGUUCAUAAUGUAUGUGUAUGAAUGCCCUGAGACGAAGACAAUUUCUAGAAACCUCGCCUCAUUUUAAAAAUAAAUAUUGCAAUAAAGUGAAGCUAUCAUUAAUAUUUGAUUUAAAAUGUAGCUGCCACAGGGCUGCAUACAUCAGCACAUUACGUCUCUGAAGCAUCAAUGGUCUCUUUUUAUACUGUAAAUAUCAAUGAGGAAAUGAUGAGAGAUUAGAGAAUAUGUGCGGACAUCAUGGAUGAAAUAUAAAAAUGACUUUUGAUUUUUGCAAUGUUCUUUACUGCUAGAUAAAGUUAUUGAAAGAGGUGUAUGCUACUGUUUUAUUGAGAAAUGUAAAAAUACUAAAUUAAACGCUAAUAAUGUU